CUGCGCUGGGGCUCCUGCCCAGCCCAGGCCCUUUCCGCUCCGGAGAGGCAGGGGUGGGGAAACUAACCAGAAAGGUUAGUGCUUCUUCCCGUCCCCCGGAAAGGCAGAAUUGGGAAGUCUGAGCCUGCACGGAGACCAGAACUCACCUCUUUGAGCCUUCCCAGAGAGAGCUGACCGUGAGGAUCCCUCUCAGAGGGGCCGCGGGCGCCUGCCAGGCGGACAUGAGGCGGAGGCUGCGCCUACGCGGAGAAGCGUCGCUCACGCUGCUCCUCGGCGCCGCCCUCGGCCUCCUGCUCUAUGCGCAGCGCGAUGGCGCGGCCCCGACGACGAGCGCGCCGGGAGCUCAAGGGAGGGCGGCGCCGGGGCCCACGCCGGGGCUCCGCGUAUUUCAGGCGCCGGACGCGGGCGCAGCCCCGCCGGCCUACGAAGAGGAUACGCCGGAGCCGCCCACGCCCACGGGACCCUUUGACUUCGGCCGCUAUCUGCGAGCCAAGGACCAGCGGCGCUUCCCUCUCCUCAUUAACCAGCCGCACAAGUGCCGAGGAAAUGGCGCACCCCCCGGCGGACCCGACCUGCUCAUCGCCGUCAAGUCGGUGGCUGCGGACUUCGAGCGGCGCCAAGCCGUGCGCCAGACGUGGGGUGCUGAGGGUCGCGUGCAGGGGGCGCUAGUGCGCCGGGUGUUUUUGCUGGGCGUGCCCCGGGGCGCGGGCACAGACGGGGCAGACGCGGAGGGGGCGGGCACUCGAACGCACUGGAGCGCCCUGCUGCGUGCUGAGAGCCGUGCGUACGCGGACAUCCUGCUCUGGGCCUUCGACGACACUUUCUUCAACCUAACGCUCAAGGAGAUCCAUUUUCUGGCCUGGGCCUCCGCCUACUGCCCCGACGUGCGCUUCGUUUUUAAGGGCGACGCCGACGUGUUUGUGCACGUGGGAAACCUGCUGGAGUUUCUGGCGCCAAGGGACCCGGAGCAGGACCUGCUUGCAGGUGACGUGAUAGUGCAGGCGCGGCCAAUCCGCGUGCGGGCCAGCAAGUACUACAUCCCUGAGGCUGUGUACGGCCUGCCCGCCUACCCGGCCUACGCAGGCGGCGGCGGCUUCGUGCUCUCGGGGGCCACGCUGCGCCGCCUGGCCGGUGCCUGCGCGCAGGUUGAGCUUUUCCCCAUUGACGACGUCUUUUUGGGCAUGUGUCUACAGCGCCUGCGUCUCACGCCUGAGCCUCACCCUGCUUUCCGCACCUUUGGCAUCCCUCGACCUUCAGCCGCUCCGCACCUCCGCACCUUCGACCCCUGCUUUUACCGCGAGCUGGUUGUAGUGCACGGGCUCUCGGCUGCUGACAUAUGGCUUAUGUGGCACUUGCUGCACCGGCCGCACGGGCCAGCCUGUGCGCGUCCAUGGCCUGUCGCUGCGGGUCCCUUCCAGUGGGGCCCCUAGCCACCUGUCACAGCUCCAAGCCCCCCUCAUUCAGACCCAGGAUGUAAGUGGGAGGUAGCUUGAAGAGUAGGUUUCCCAGGUGGAUUAGUGCUGUGUAUGUCGUUCUUCCCCAGAAAGGGGCAUCCAGGUGUCUGCCUCCAGAAGGUCCCAGGGAGUGAAGAUUGAGCUUGGUCCCUGCUGACCCAACCUAUUGGGAGGUGAUCUGGAACAAAUCUAAUGGUGGCCCUUUGAGACAGCCAGGGCUGAGGUGGUGGUGAACCAGGCUCUUUGCCAAGCAGGUGAAUGUGGUUGG